AUGGGAAAGACAAGAGUCUUGAUUGUUGGCACCGGUGGCAUUGGCACGGUCUCAGCCUAUUCUCUGGAGAAAGGUGGCCAGGCUGAGGUGACAGCUGUGAUGCGCUCAAACUACGAUGCCGCUGUGAAGAACGGUAUUGGUAUUGAUUCCGUUCAGUACGGCCAGAUCAAGGCAUGGAAGCCAACAGCCAUUGUCAACUCGGUUCCCGAUGUAUCCAAGGGCAACAUCGCGCCUUUCGAUUACAUCCUCGUGACUACCAAAAACAUUCCAGACGUCCCUCCUACAGUCGCAGAUCUUAUUGCUCCAGCUGUGACUCCCGGCAAAACCGCCAUUGUGCUUUCUCAAAACGGCAUCAACAUUGAGAAGCCUCUCAUUCCUCGAUUCCCCACAAAUCCUCUUAUCAGCAGUGUCGCGUAUACCGGCGCAACUGAGACUUCUCUAGCAAAGAUUUACCACGAUGAUGACGAUUGUCAGAAGAUUGGCGCUUUCACAAACCCACAAGUACCUCAAGACGUGGCUGAUGAGGCAGCAAAGCGAUACGUGGAAAUCUAUAACCCCGAAGGCAAGCUUGAUGUUCUAUAUGUCCCAGAAGUCGAUAAAGUCCGAUGGCGCAAGAUUGCAUACAACGGCUCAAUGAACCCUAUCGCAUCUAUUAUGCGCAUGGAUGUUGCGCGCAUGCGUAUGAGCCGACACAUUAUCGAUGACUUGAUUGUGCCUAUUGUCGAGGAGGUGCGCGCCAUCGCCGCAGCUAAUGGCGUUAGUCUUCAAGAUGAUUUGAUUCAUGCGGUCACACAUCAGGAUCCAACAGAUACAGGCUUCAAGCCGAGUAUGUGUCAGGACUUUGAGAAGGGAAAUCUGAUGGAGAUUGAGAACCUCGUUGGUGAGCCGCUGCGGGAGGCGGAGAAGGCUAAUGUUCCUGCGCCAACUCUCAAGAUUGUUUAUGGAGUUAUGAAGGGUCUGCAAGCAAAAAUUAAGGCUGAGAAGGGACUUUGGGAACCUAAGUUUGAGCCUGGAAAUCCAUAUGAGUAG